AUGGCGUUGGUGAUUCAUCUCGUCCUCCUUCUCUCCAUCUUGGUCUCAGUUACAGUGUGCAGUGAUGUUUUUAAGCUGGUUAACAGUUCUGUUAAAUUGGUCAUGCAAAAAAAAGUUGAAAAGUUCUAUGAUAUUGGCUGGAUAUUUAACACGGAAAACAAUAUCGUGAGAUAUAAUGGAAAUCCUCCAAGUAAAGUAUUUGGAAGUUAUAAAGACAAGGUGGAGUUCAAUGAGGAAACCUACAGUCUGACACUGAAGAACAUACAAAAGAAUGACAUUGGAAUCUAUGAAGCAUCAGCAAUUGGUGAAUACACUGUAAAUGUUGCUACAUACCAAUUACAUGUGUUGGAUCCAGUGGAGAAACCAGUCCUGUCUGACCCUCUCCAGCAAAGCAAUGACACCUGUAAUGUGACUCUCACCUGUGAAGCUCAGAAGCUCUCAGUAACCUCUCACUGCUACAAUAAUAAUUGUGAUUUGAGGGAAAAGAAAACAUCUGGAGACACGUUCCUUUCCCUCUCACUGCAUGUUAGUAACAGCUUUAUCAUCUGUAAUCAUAGCAACCCAUUGAGCUGGAAAAAUACAAUUAUGGAGAUGAAACAUGUGAAACAACUCUGCCCUGAUAAAGGUAAUCAAGGAGCAGAGAGGAACUGUGAGUCAGUGGAUCAAACCAUUUUUGUUACCGUGAACAAUGCCAGUAAACCUGUCUACAAAGCAUGA